AUGGAGAUCAAAUUUGGUGACCAAACUGAUCGGAAAUUAUCCAAGUCAGAGCGACAAAGAUUCAAAGAGGAAGCUGGGAUGCUGAAAGGGCUUCAGCAUCCCAAUAUUGUCAGGUUCUACGAUUCCUGGGAGUCCACAGUGAAAGGAAAAAAAUGUAUUGUCCUUGUGACGGAACUCAUGACAUCUGGAACAUUAAAAACGUACCUGAAAAGAUUUAAAGUGAUGAAAAUCAAAGUACUACGAAGCUGGUGUCGUCAGAUACUGAAAGGCUUACAAUUUCUGCACACACGCACUCCUCCCAUUAUUCAUAGAGACUUAAAAUGUGACAACAUCUUCAUUACUGGCCCCACUGGUUCAGUCAAGAUUGGAGACCUUGGACUGGCAACCCUGAAGCGAGCUUCUUUUGCCAAAAGUGUGAUAGGUACCCCAGAGUUCAUGGCCCCCGAGAUGUAUGAGGAGAAAUAUGAUGAAUCCGUUGAUGUAUAUGCUUUUGGGAUGUGUAUGCUAGAGAUGGCAACGUCUGAGUAUCCUUAUUCUGAGUGCCAAAAUGCCGCGCAGAUCUACCGUCGAGUGACCAGUGUAAGUUCCUCCCCACUACUGGUUCUAAGGCUGUCAGCCUGGCAAAAGAGUAAAGCUGGACAGCAUGGCAUUGUGCAAGUGUUUGCAGGGGGAGAAAAUAACAAGAGUGUUUAGGGAUAUGGAUGGAAGUGAAUGAAAUGAUUCAACUUACCUCAAAUGGUUGGCCAGAACCUUGUAAAAUACGUGAAUGGAAAUAAAAUGUUGCGUGUGCUGAUACCCGUUCAGUAUACCAGAAGAUACUGGGUAGGAUUUAAAACAGAGAAACUUGACGAGAAGGAAUAGGAAGAAUAUUGAGGUUGGCUAUUUGGGAGAGUGAAAAGUUACUCUGAGAAGAUCAGCGCAUCUGUUCACAUGUGCAAAGGGAGAAAAAGACUUUCAGCUGUCUACAGAUUGGAGAAAGUAUUAUUCCAGUUAAUCUUAUGGUGUGUAUUAUUUUUGAGGCUUUGAGGAUUUAAUAACAAGCGAUUUGCUUAGGUCUGGAAAAAUAAAUGCUUAUUCCUGUAUUCCUGAUGCCUCAUACUGUAAGAGACAGAUAUAAUUGCUGACUGCAAACAGAGAAGAAAGAGCCUUUAUGUUGGAAGUGAUGAGUUGCUAAGGAAGGCUUGGUGAAAUAGAACAUGAUUGCUUUUUUGAAGGAGAAUGUGAGGGAGGCACAGGAGGAGGAGGAAGAGGAAAAAUAGCCUUUUCUUUUUUUAUCAACAACUAGAGUAAGUUUCUAACGUACUUUUUUUUUUUUUUGACAUGUAGGUUAACCUAAUUGUAAUCCUCUAAGUCGAAAGGAACAAGAGUAAAAUCUAGUUGAUUAACUGCAGAUUCUGAUCUGCUGGCUAUCUGGAUCAGAGAAAGAAAACAAAGUAGCUUAUCAAAACUAUUUUAGUGGUAUCCUUUGCAAUGCUUGUGUAUGUUGCCUAGAGCCAAAGAAACAUAAUUUCAGUAUGGAUGGGUAUUUUAUAUCAGAACAGACAUCUGAUGCAACUACCCUGCCUAUUGCUUAAAAUGUGCUAGGAACUGGGCUGUGGUGAUGAAAGUCAUCUUUUGAAAUAGAUGGUCUCAGGCUUGGAAAUCUCCAGGAGCAUCCUUUUCCUGGUCUGCAAAAUACUUCGCAAUUUGAAACUUAAUUAUAGAUUUACUGGGGUUCUACUUACCACAUGUAUGUUGUACCUUUGACACACUUGAAUACUUCUUUCUCCUCACUGUUUUUGGUUGACUGUUGAACUUCUAAGUGGAUGAGGAAAAUGGAAUGGUAACAGUUUGCUCAGUCCAACACAUCUUUUACUGCAUUUUGCUGCUGAUGUUUCACAAACUGAAUUUCAUUGUUGACUUUUUUCUGCUGUUUCAUCUACUGUUUGACAUCUCUAAAAUGCAUUUUGAUAUGAAAAUAAAAGAUUUCCUUGAUUGCAGAAAGAGCAAAGAGCAGGAAAGUAAACAAAAUGGAAUAUAUGUCUCUGCUUCUAGGCAGAGAAUGAACGGCUAUCUUGAUAUAUCUGUUUUUUUUUAAUUGUAUGACGGCCACAAAGCAGUGUGUUUAAAAACAAACCCACAAAACUGAAAACAGACACUUGAAUAGUUUUCAAGAAAGACUUUCAGUGAAAAUACAACAUUAUCUAGAAAUAAAGCAUAAACCUUUUUUAACUGGCAAUGGAGAAUUCACUGUGUUUUUUUCUGUAAUGUGAGCAGCACAAUGAUGUUAUGAAAUAAAAUGCACUUUAUAUUCUUUUUACCAACAUGGAAAGAGCCCUACAGUUUUCUGCUCUUGUCCUCUUAAGAUUUUUACUUUCAUUUUGAAGGGUAUUUUAGGAAUUUUUUCAGUAUGUAUAUUUGUGGACAAGGGGUUGGACCGUUGAGAAAUUCAGUACUUAAAAGGUCAACAUGUGAACUGUUAACUAUAGAACGGAGUUGGAAGACUUUGUGUAUGAGUGAAUCCAGCAGUACUUACCAAUACAUUUCCUUUUAACUUGGAUUAGAAGGUGAUUGUGGUUUGUGGUAGAUAUUUAACAUUUCCAGUUCAACCCUCCAGUUUGCUACUUUCCUAGGAAUAUUUAGGAACAUUCUGAGGUAGGAGCUGUGGUCCUGCCGUGCCUUAAACUACAGGAUGAUUUUAUCUAGCUGCAUGCACAAAGACCAGAAGUAAAGGCAGUAGUGGCAGUCCGUCAUUGAAAGAUCAUGGAUGUGAAAGCAUAAAAAUCACUGAAACUUCCAAAGACAACAAGAUAAAAGCAUGCAGUCACUCAGCGCAGGAGAAAUAUAUUUAAAUGAAUUGAUUUCCCUCAACCCCUUUCUAGCUACUGGUGUGCUUAGUAAAAAGCACAGCUGGUCUAUUAGCUUAGACCCUAGCUACUGUGUAGGACAGAAACCUGAAGAUGUCUUAAUGUCCAAGGUGCCGUGUACUGUCAGGACUAGCUUGCAUUUUUCUCUCCUGUCUUGUCUAUAUGUUGUUUUUGCUUCUAGCACGGCCUGCCUCUGCCUUGCUUUCUGAUCUUACUCUUUUGUGAUUAGGAUUGCUUUAGCUGAUGCCCAGACACUGCGGCAUUGGCUUAAAGUAUUUGCCAGAAUUGCUCAGAAUGCUCAGUUGUGUUCUCCCUCCCUAUUUAAGUGUCUCUUUUUUCUGGAAGCAGUUUUCUGAUGAAAUAAUGUAGUUAGGUAAGCAAAGAUGUAGAUAGCAAGACUAUCUGAAAUUUGCUCUUGCAAUGAGAAGUUAUUUGGCCAGCCACUUGUUAUUGUUUCACAUCUUGAACAACAGUGCUGCUGGAUGAGUCUGGUGUUUCCAAGAUGUUUGUCUAUUCUGUCUGUAUUCUCACUGAGAAAUUUCUAUCCCAAUGCUCUUUUAUUAGGGAAAAAAAUAAAGUUCUCAAAUUUUCCCUGGCACAAGAAAUAAGUGGAAGGUUUUAAACUGGUUUUCUGUCUCAUUUUGAUUAGAAGAGUUCUUUCAGUAAAAGAAUUUGAGUAAAAGCUCAGUUUAAAAACUCUACAAUUUUUAGGCCUUAACUUUGCUUUACCAUUCUGGUGAAGAAGCUGAGAAAUGUUUGACACAACAUAUUUACUUUUUCAUAUUUAUACUUUCCAGCAAACUCCAGACUUUUUUACUAGCAGUUAGAAAAUACCUGCAUGUUGUGUCUCUUACGCGUAGGGAGUCUAGCCGCCCUCCUUAUCAAAACAUAAUGUGGCAACUUGGUCUCCACAAAGAGCUUGUUUUCCUCUUUGAAGCUAUGUAGUGUUGUUUGGAAAUGGCUCUAAAUAAGUAGCCAGUACUGAAAAAUCACAGGAAUUGCAAUGUCUUUAUCUUAUUUAGAAAGAAAAAACAAAUACAAGAACUCCCCUGUGAUUUAGGCUGAAGAGGUUCAGCUGGGCACACAUUGCUGCUUACUUGGCCUAAGAAAAAACACCUAAGCCUUUAAUUGAAAAUAAAUUGAACUAUUAAGGUCAUGUUGCCUGCUCUUGUGAUGAUGGUGAUUAUUAUUCAUUAUUACUUAUUUUAGUGUGCAAACCCUAUAAAGCAGUAUGGGUGGUUCAGUACAAAAUGUGAUCAAGAUACUUAAUUCUGUUACUUAAUUGUUUGCACAAGUAGCAUACAAUUUUGGUAAAAUUCAGACUUACCUGUCUGACAUUUUUCCUGUCUGUCAACUGGUAUUCUUUUCUUGUCUUCCAAUAAGUUACUGAGAUAUGCAUUAAACGAGAAAUAUUUGAAAUGAGCUAUCUGUGUAUUUAAACGAAUACAUGUAUUUGUAGAAUAAACAUCUUAAGUAUGAUUUCUUAAUUUAGACUGUUUGGGAAAGCAGUGCAAUGAAGACAUGACUGCACUAGCUUCAGCUGCUUUGUCUCAGUCUCUGAUGCGACUGAUGUAAUCCAUGUGAUUGCUUCAAAAACUGCCUUGUCUUUCUUGUUUUUUUUCUUUUCUUUACUACGUUUGCUCUUAGCUCAAAGAUAGAUGUUGAUUACUUCAACACUGAAUUUCCUUCAGGCUUGCUUUUUGCAACACAGGAAUUAUUUUCAUAAACGCAUAUUUGCUCAAUCUCUAAUACUUAGAUAUCUCAGACAUUUUCUAAGUGACUGACUAGUCUCGACAGGUAGAAUAACAAUAAUUUUUUAUUAUGCAGCUUUAUCUCAAUUAUGCACAUAUACCUCUAUUAAAAAAAAAAAAAUGAACAAACCAACCAAUGUUCUCAUUCCAAACAAAUAAAGACCAUCCCCAGUUUUAAAUGUACUGAAAAUCUGGCACGUGUAUGAACAGACAAGUCUUCUUUACCUUUCAAGUUUUCCUGAUGGAGUCUUGUUCUCUAUAAUUAAUUUUCUCCACAUUUACUUGGACAAAGUGAAGUUGUGGACUUACCUUUUCCUUCACCAGAAGUCCAGUCUCUUCUCUAAACAAAUGUCUGCUACCCCAGCCUUAGCAUGAGAAGAAAAAAAAAACAAACAAACAACAGCAUUUUGCAUUUUUGACUUGAGAAAUGAAACACAAUGUUCUGUACUGAAAUGUUCCACAGAAUGUGCACAACUUUUCUCAUCUCGGUUGUACAGAGCUUAAAAAAACACCUGAGGGAACAAGGUACAUAAUGAGUAACCAGACCAGGCAGUGUCUAACCAGUUUAAAAAUCUGUAAUUUCCCUAACUUGUGGGAACUAAAGCUUACUGGUUAGAGUGAAGGUCAUUCUCUUGGCUGGAAACCAGUCACUCACUAAGUGCUGCAGUUUGGUCACUUGAGGUUAAAUCAGUGGCUUUAGUGACUUAAAAGUUAGGCAUCAUAAUUGCCAAACUCAAUCAACUGAAUUUUUUUUAUUUUCACUGGAGAUGAAAUGGGCAAGUCAUCCCAUCUGUUUUCUCUUUUGUUUCCCUAAAGAGGAUAGCAAAUAUAAAUGCUUAGCCUUUAGUCUUCUGAUUAAUUUUACUUGUCUAGUGAAUAUUUAUGAAUAUUCUAUUUUUCUUUCGAGAAGCAAUAUGCGAAUUGUUUAAUGUACAUAAAGCUCUGUUCCUUUGUCUUAAAUAACUUGGUUUCUUGCCUUCAUUCAUAUAGAUAGACACCCUUUCUACCAAGUUUUUGAAUGGGCAAGGUGAUGGGGAAGUAGGGAGCAGGAGCCCACAAAUAAAGCAAGCAGCCUUUUGUUAAGGCUCAUACUAAAAAUCCAUACUAAAAAUCAAGCACACUAAAGCAGAGGAAGAAGGGGAAAAUUCUUGUAACUGUGUUAACUGAAAGAAGAAAAUUCAGGCACCUAAGUAUCAAGUGGGGAAAAUAGUAGCGCAAAAUCUAUGAUUUUUCUAACAGAUGUUAUUCCUCAGUAUCACACUAAAUGGAUUAAGCAAUAUGUAAGCUGCUACCAUUUGUUUUCCAUAGCUGUUCAUCUCAGUUGCAAGCAUUCUGAACAGCACUCUUUAAGAGCAAGGAAUCUUUCUGGGUAGCAGUACAGUCACUGACUCAUCAGUUCAGAAAUACAUUGGCUUAAAAAUGGAAGAGGGAUGAAACAAGAAUACGAGGUCUCAAAACAUUAAUAUCUUAAGAAGCUGUUAGUUCAUAGUCAUCUUUUUAAAGAAAUAAUGAUCUAAGUGAGAAACAGCAGGGAUGAACUAAAAUACUGAGAUGUAACAUGCUAUGCAGUAUACAAAGCUAGGGAGAUAUCUUAAGCUGGGAGAAAAAAGGCUCGUUCAGCUGACUUCCUUUCUAAAAGGAGAUCACUUUUACAAGUUGGUCUUAAGAGGCAUUUGUACUAUUCAGCAACAAAAGUUUUUAGAUUACAGCUAAAACAACAAACUACGUCAGUGUUGGUAUUGUAAAAUGUGGUUUGAAGUGAAAAGUUUUUGCUGUGUUGUUCACUGCUGAGCUUGGAAUGUUUCUCAAUUUUGAAUUAGAUAUUUUAAAACAAUCAGAAAUUAAAAUGGGGGAGAAGCUGUGAGCUGAGCUGCAGAAAAUGAAAAUCAGAUGUAUUUUUUUCAAUGUGGAAUUCUAAGAUUUGGUUGUUUUACAGACUUUGGAAAUGUAGGCUUAUUCAGCUUUCUAAAAAUGCCAAUAUACUGAGUAAACAAUGUAUAUUUAAAAAAAGAAGUUCAAUAACUCCAAACUCUUGUAAAGUUGUGUUGCUAUUAUAUAACAUUGUCCUGUGUGGACAUCUAUAUAGCUCUGACAUUAACUGAGAUAAAUUUAAUAUUGCAAACAGUGGAAAGGUGACUCCUCUUUUACGAACAGAGAGAGGGAGGGUCCGAUACCUUGAUGUUAUUCAUCAACACUGUGCCACUAGUCAAAAGCACUGAUGUUAAGAAUGGGUGAGCUGCUAUUUCUUGUCCUACCAACUGUAUUCCUAUAGUUGCACUGACAUGGAAACAAGAUGACUUCAGGAAAGUUUUCGUUGUUUGGAAGAUGAGAGGGGGAGUGAGUUUAAAA